AAACUCACGUAACCAACCUAUCUGAGCUCUGAUGGAUCGGGUGUGGGAGUUUGUGUGUCUGCAUUACUUCUAAGAACCUUCUCUUCUCCGCCGUUUACGAGCCGAGGCUUUUGCAAACAGUCUUGUUUUUCUUAGCGUCCGUCUAUGUUUGUUGUUCUCUGACUUAAACUAGGUGUUACCUUGAACCUAUUUCGAACACCCCAAAACCAUCUCAUCUCACCUGGCCAUUAUUACGCCUUCCGCGCUAGGCUCCAUACUACCCACGAUCUGGCUAGGCUUGGGCUGUCUACAACCUAAUCGUUAGAGACAAAGGGGAGAAAAGCUCGAAAUAUUUUUUUUGGCAGUUAUUUUCAUUAUCCCAAUUUUUGUUUUGUUUUUUUGUUUAUGGUGCCUUUUCUAGUUGAAAGGGUCAAGAGGGUAAAAAGCGACAACCAGAGGGAAAUUUCAAAAACGGCAACAAAGACAAAAAGAGCAUGAGGCUCUACCCUCGUUGGCCUCUCCGUGUGGAGACGACAAGCAGCUACGCCGGCGUGCUGAUCCCGCUCGAGGAGGCCCACUUGUACAGCCACUCGGCACGCAGCGGGAGGACCGAGUACGAGGAGCCGCCGUCGACUGCCGACAACAAUGACGACGAGGCCGGAGGGAAGCGCGGCGACGGCGGAGAGGAGGCGGGCAUGCUCGAGAUGCGGGCGGCAGAGUACAGCAUCGAAGGUCUGAGGCGUGAGGUCCGGCUGGGCGGCGGAGGAGCCCGGCCGACCGCCUACGAGAUGAAGUCCAAGCUCAUCAACAAGGCCGUCCAGGAUAUCGGCAUGGGUCGGUACAACUGGCAGCUGUUUUUCCUAUGUGGGUUUGGCUGGUUUGCAGAUAAUCUGUGGAUGCAGGGAGUCUCCCUUCUCCUACCCUCAUUAUCGGCCGAAUUCGGCAUCUCGGAAAAGACGGUCCGCUACACGACCUCGACCCUCUUCCUCGGCCUCUGCGUCGGUUCCUUCACAUGGGGAAUCGGCUCCGACAUGAUGGGCCGACGCAUCGCCUUUAACGCGACGCUCUUUAUCACGGGCGUGUUUGGCAUCCUGGCCUCGUACGCCCCGUCGUGGGGCUGGUUGUGCCUGAUGCUGGCAGCGCUGGGUUCGGGCGUGGGCGGCAACCUGCCCGUCGACGGCGCCUUGUUCCUCGAGUUCCUCCCCGACGCCAGCAGCAGCCUGCUGACCCUCUUGUCCGUCUGGUGGCCCGUCGGCCAGCUCUGCUCCAGCCUGUUCGCCUGGUACUUUAUGGCCAACUGGCCCGUUGACCAGGGCUGGCGCUGGUUCGUCUUUGCCAUUGGCGUCGUCACCCUGCUCAUGUUUGCCCUGCGCUUCUUUGUCUUUAACCUGUUCGAGUCGCCCAAGUUCCUGCUCUCCAAGGGCCGACAGGGCGAGGCCGUCGCCGUCGUCCACGGUCUCGCCUACCGCAACGGCGUCAAGACGUGGCUGACCGAGAAGAUCAUGGACGACGUUGCCGACGACGACGAUGACGACGAUGACGCCUUCGAGUCCUCCAGGCGGCCUACUCUCGACACCACCUCUGUCCUGCGCGCAAAGCUCGCCUCCUUCUCUGGAGACCGCAUCCGCCCGCUGUUCAGCAACAAGACGCUCGGCCUGGCCACCGCCAUCAUGUGGUUCGUCUGGGCCACCAUCGGAAUGGGCUACCCGCUCUUCAACGCAUUCCUCCCCCAGUACCUCUCCCGCGGCGUCAGCGACUCCACCAACACCCCCGCCGUCAUGGCCGCCCGCGCCGACGCUCCACAGCAACCCCAAGCCAUCUCGGCCGAGACGUACCGCAACUACGCCAUAACCUCCAUCGUCGGCGUGCCGGGCUCCCUGCUGGCCGCCUACACGGUGGACCACCCGUCGCCGCUGCUGGGCCGCAAGGGCACGCUCGCCAUCUCCACCUUGGUGUCGGCCGUGUUCCUCUUCGGCUUCGCGACGCUGGGCACGACCCCGUCCGCGCAGCUGGCCUUUUCGUGCAUCGAGGCCUUUUCGCAAAACAUCAUGUACGGCGUACUGUACGCCUUUACGCCCGAGAUCUUCCCCGCUCCCGUGCGCGGCGCCGGGACCGGAGUGGCCAGCUUCCUCAACCGCGUCGCGGGCUUGCUCGCCCCCGUCCUGGCUGCCAAUAUUCCAGGGGACGGCUCCACCGCCCCGAUCUACCUCUCGGCCGUGCUGAUCCUCGCCGCCUUCGUCGGCAUGUGUCUCAUCCCCAUCGAGACGAGGGGGAGGCAGAGGCUGUGAAAAGAGAGGGGGGAAGUAUACGGGGAGAUUAAAGAGAACGGAUAAAGGGGGGUCCGAGAGAUGUUGCUGGUAAUGCCUUUUUUUUUUGUUCAUGCCACUGCCAUGUAGACUUGUGUUGUUACACGUCUUGUUCUUUUUUUCGUUUUUCUUUUUACAGUCAGGCUCUUCUAACCUUGUUCAAAUAUCAGUUGGACAACAGAUUUCUGUAGUUUCAUGUACCUAACAAAAAACACUGGCUUCGGAAAUGUUUCCAUUCCAGCUUUCUCUGUAAAAACAAAACUCGGUCUAUUGAGUGUAAUCUGCACGCAGAAAAGGUUUAACCGUGUUCGCUAGUUGAAAUACAGACGACUAUUCCCCUCUUGUAGCGCUAAUAGCAGCCACUAUUCUCUGGCAAAAAAGCAGAAGCCACGGUCUGUAGAAAGACUAACAUCAAACCACCCAGGCUACAACAGCCAACACCAUUCCCAUCCAAGAACGCCGUCAGUCCUAAUGGCAAGCAAAUAGUCCAUCAUCACACUCUCAAAACACCGCUGUCAAUACAGACCACUAAUACAGAGAGGCCAUCACAGAAAAACCGGCUGAGCAGUAACACCGCUCACCUAAAGCAUCUCACCAUCUCCCUCCUCAGCAGCGGCCACGUCUUCAUCCUCAUCCCAAUCUACUUCGUUCUGCAUCGCCUCUGCCUGCCUCUGCACCUCGGCCAGGCCAGACAGCUCCAGCACGUAAUCCUUGUCUGACAGCGCCUUCUUGACAAACUCCCAUCCGUCUGACUUGUACGCCCCGACAAUGGGCGAACUGCACGCACUGCAGUUCGGGUAUGACUCGCCGCUGAUGAUCAUAUUUUGAAAGUUGGCCAAGAAACCACGGACCUGGUGAGGCACUAUGCCGAGGGCAUGGUCUGGCGGGUCGCGCUGGUACUCUGGGUUACUCGGCGGUCCUGUGGGCUUGGGAGCGGGUGCGUGUUCCCUCUGGGGGUGUUGGAGCACGCUUGUGAGCAUCUCAACCAGCAUUGCUGAUGCAAUGGCGGCGACUCCGGGCCGCGUUACUGUGCACUGCUGGUCUAGUGUCUGGUCCUUCAUUGACUAUACGAUAUUGUGUCAGUAGAGCGUUCCACAUGGAUA